AUCAAGCCAUGCAACGGUUCUCAAACUCGGCCCUAAUCAAGGCAACCCAAAUCCCUGUAUUAAUGGGCCGCCCGUGUGACGUGUUCAUAAACCACCGGGGCAUCGACACGAAGAAGACCAUUGCAGGGUUGCUCUAUCAGUACCUUUCCCGUCAAGGGAUCAAUUCUUUCCUCGACAGCAAGAACAUGAAGCCCGGGGACAGGCUGUUUGAUAACAUUGACAGGGCGAUCCAUGGGUGCAAGGUGGGGGUGGCGGUGUUCUCUCGCCGCUACUGCGAGUCGGCAUACUGUUUACAUGAGCUUUCCCUUCUGAUGGAGACGAAGAAAAGGGUAGUACCCAUCUUCUAUGAUGUGAAGCCGUCUCACCUUCGCAUUAUUUCAAACAAAAGGAACUGCAAUAGCGAAGACCACCAGAGAUACAGCCAUGCACUCGAGGAAGCUCGGAACAUUGUUGGACUUACCUUCGACCCCUUAAAGGAGGAUUGGUCGGAGUUCUUGAGGAAUGCAUCCGACGCAGUGAUAAAGAACUUGAUCGAGUAUCGUGCUGCCUCGACUUCCCGCGUCAGACUGCGAUUUGCUGGAGUUCACCUGCCGAUCUCUUUGAAUGUAGUUGCCAUUGUUCAAACUGGUUCAAGAGCUUUGCCACUGAAGUUGCAGGACUACGCUCGUGACUACAUUGAAGUUGGCACUCAAUUAGCUUCACAACUCGAAUGUAUUGUUACUAUAAGCUCCAAACAAGUCUGUCAAAACCUAGGAGGAUUCCCACCCUCUGACUUGGAAGAGCAUGCUCUCCUUGCUAAGAUAGGGAACUGCAUUGCAAGGACUCUUGGUUUGCGGAGUAGCAGAGUGUGCAGACCUUUGUCGUUCCAUCAACUUGCUGAGACUAUCAAGCUCGAAUUCAAGGUUCCACGAAUGGUCAAUGCGAGCAAGGGUGCGAGGUGCUGGUUCCCAUUUAUGGGUUGA